AUGGUGUUUGUUGAGAUGCAGUCUGUCCCCUGGCAUCGUGCUGCACCACCUGUAUGUGUUGGAUCAUGCUAGGAUCAAUUUAAGUUAUCCAAUCAGAACAUGUUUUAGUAGCACCACCACAAGUGUACUACAAUGCACUAUAAUUAUUUUCACACGCUGCAGUCAGUGUGCAGAUUUCACAGAUACCGGCCUGGUAGCCGUUCAGCUUCAUAUUAUUCCAUGUCAUUAAAACAACCCUGGCACUGUGUGGUCUCUAUGUAACAUGGGAGUGGAGGUGGCAGAGAGCCAUAUUAGCCCUGCUCUCUCUUCUCUCCCUCUGUUGCACCCUUGUCUCCCUCGCUCUGUUCAGCAGCUGUGGAAGGAAGGAGCAGUGUUGUGUUGGGGCCCACAGGGAGGGCGAGGGCCCCCUCCAGCCCUGCCUACCGUCCAGCAGAAUGGGGGCAUUGUGACGGCAGCCUCGGGCACAAACACAGUGGGUGAGCAUCUCCAUCUGGGCAGCGGCUGGCCAGGCAGGCAGCUCCUUGAGAAGGGCAUGGAUCUCCUGCUACUGGGCCUGCCAGACAGCCACAGGGACCCUCACACUUAUUUUAAUAUUUUUAUUAAUUUUAAUUUAAUUUUAAUAUGCCAUUUAGCAGACGCUUUUAUCCAAAGCGACUUACAGUCGUGCGUGCAUACAUUUUUGUGUAUGGGUGGUCCCGGGGAUCGAACCCACUACCUUGGCGUUACAAGCGCCGUGCUCUACCAGCUGAGCUACAGAGGACCACUUAUAAGGAGAGCACAGCCGCUGGCCUGACACACACACACACACACACACUGAGACCCAGUAGAGACUCACUUCCUGCUGAGAAUCAUUUUACACCAAUCUGACCUAAAAACCCUGAUUUAGAAUAACCGCUUAAGCCGCUAUUUGUUCAUACUGUGUAAUUGAGUGUUUGCGGGGCUGUGUAAGAGCACACAUCCUCUUGACUUCUAUAAAGGUCCUACACGGAUUUUGGUAGAAUGUGGUUACCGUUAUAAGACACUCACAGGUGCACAGGCUAAGAAUCACACUCACACCACUACUUUUAGUAACUGUGGCCUUCACAGGUCAACCUCAGUGUGUGUACGUUGACAUUGUGAGAAUGCGCCCAGAGGUGAGGGGAGUUAACUUGACAAGCCGACAACAGCGCUGCCUGCCAUAUCUGAGAGCUGCUGCAACCUAAACUUUAUUAUCUCAGUAAUCACUCUCAACAGGAAGUGAUGCUUUAAAGACAGCACCGAGAGACAUUCCACAGCUCAAUAUAGUAGACAGAUUUAUAGGAGAGGUGACUGAAGUUCAGUCACUCAAUGCUAUCUAUCCCUUGUUGCCUUUCCCUCCUAUGUUUUCAGCCUGUUUUAAGACACAAACCUGCUUUAGAAAACCAUUACAACCCCCUGUGGUGUGAACCGUCAGGUGGCCACGGUUAAUUAUUCAAAUGUUGGUCUUUGGACGGCAUCAGUCAGGGUUUUGUGUUUGUGGGAGCUGAUUUGAAUUAAUGAGCAAAAGAUAAAUGUUGAGCCGAUGGGAACAGAAGAUCACUUCCUCCUCCAGACAGAGCCAUGCAGAAGAGCUCACAUCAAGAGACUUUGUUGUUAUAUACUGGGCUGGCUGUGGCUGACUAACCUGACUGUCUAUUACACUGGUUAACCUGAUGAGGAUAAUGGCUGACAGGAUGACGGACUGACCCUUGUUUGGCAUCAUGAACUCUGAUCAUGGCAUUUGAAAGGCUGGUCAUGGCUCACAUCAACACCAUUAUCCCAGAAACCCUAGACCCACUCCAAUUUCCAUACCGCCCCAACAGAUCCACAGAUGAUGCAAUCACUAUUGCACUCCACACUGCCCUUUCCCACCUGGACAAGAGGAACACCUACAUGAGAAUGCUAUUCAUUGACUACAGCUCAGCGUUCAACACCAUAGUGCCCUCAAAGCUCAUCACUAAGCUAAGGACCCUGGGACUAAACACCUCCCUCUGCAACUGGAUCCUGGACUUCCUGACGGGCCGCCCCCAGGUGGUAAGGGUAGGUAAAAACACAUCUGACACGCUGAUCUUCAACACGGGGGCCCCUUCAGGGGUGCAUGCUCAGUCCCCUCCUGUACUCCCUGUUCACCCAUGACUGCAUGGCCAGGCACGACUCCAACACCAUCAUUAAGUUUGCCGACGACACAACAGUGGUAGGCCUGAUCACUGACAACGACGAGACAGCCUAUAGGGAGGACGUCAGAGACCUGGUCGUGUGGUGCCAGGAUAACAACCUCUCCCUCAACGUGAUCAAGACAAAUGAGAUGAUUGUGGACUACAGGGAAAAAAAGAGGACUGAGCACGCCCCCAUUCUCAUCGACAGGGCUGUAGUGGAACAGGUUGAGAGCUUCAAGUUCCUUGGUGUCCACAUCACCAACAAACUAUCAUGGUCCAAACACACCGAGACAGUCGUGAAGAGGGCACAACAAAGCCUAUUCCCCCUCAGGAGGCUGAAAAGAUUUGGCAUGGGUCCUCAGAUCCUCAAAGUUCUACAGCUGCACCUUCGAGAGCAUCCUGACUGGUUGCAUCACCGCCUGGUAUGGCAACUGCUCGGCCUCCGACCGCAAGUCACUACAGAGGGUAGUGCGUACGGCCCAGUACAUCACUGGGGCCAAGCUUCCUGCCAUCCAGGACCUCUAUACCAGGCGGUGUCAAAGGAAGGGCCCUCAAAAUUGUCAAAGACUCCAGCCACCCUAGUCAUAGACUGUUCUCUCUGCUACCGCACGGAAAGCGGUACCGGAGUGCCAAGUCUAGGUCCAAAAGGCUUCUUAACAGCUUCUACCCCUAAGCCAUAAGACUCCUGAACAGCUAAUCAUGGCUACCUGGACUAUUUGCAUUGUCCCACCCCGCUGCUGCUACUGUUUAUUAUCUAUGCAUAGUCACUUUAACUCUACCCACAUGUACCUAUUACCUCGACUAACCGGUGACCCCGCACAUUGACUCUGUACCGGUACCCCCUGUAUAUAGCCUCCCUACUGUUAUUUUAUUUACUGCUGCUCUUUAAUUAUUUAACUUUUUUUACUUAUCUAUUUUUUACUUAACACUUAUUUUUCUUAACUACAUUGUUGGUUAAGGGCUUGUAAAUAAGCAUUUCACUGUAAUGUCUACACCUGUUGUAUUCGGCACAUGUGGCAAAUCAAAUUUGAUUUGAUCUGGGAGCGGGCAUAUGAUAGAAAUGUCAUGUCAGUAGCUAGGCCUAGCCUACACGUCAGCCAUAUUGAGUGUUUUGUUAAAUUGCUGUGGUCUGGGGGGCUUUGCCUGUUUUAGUCAUUCUAUUUCUGUUGGAGAUGUGGUAUUAAUAAGUGACCCUCAUUGUCUUGUCGAACAGGGCUGAGGUUGUUCUGGCCCUGUGGUCACCUAGCUAGCAGGAAGUGUUGUGAAGUCACUGCAGGGAAGAGAUGCUGCUCGCCUGUCCUGUAUUUUAGCCUGGGGUUUCCCCUGCUUUCCCUGCCGUUCCCUAGGAGCAGCUCUAUGGUAGAUGGCUAACUUUGGAUUUUAUGAGCCCUCAAUGAAAGGGAGAGAAAAUUGUUGGUGGUUGUGUAACUGUGAUGGGGCCGUGGGGGGUAGACCCAUAUAGCCUAACUAUACUGUUGUUGUUGACGUGACUGACCUGUUUGUAUGGAACACGGGAUAAGUCCUAGAUGAUAAAUCUGUCUCAGUGGGGAAGCGAUCUCCUACUUUCAUCUGCUGUUUGAUGGAAUUUAGUCCAACUUGUACAAGCUAACUUCAAAUAACAACCAGCAUCAAAGACAGGAAUUCUCAACAAUGGAUCAGUAGACACUUACAAAAGUCUAGAUUUUAACUGUUUUAUCUGACACCUUCUUUGAGCUCUUUGAUGAUAGGUUAUAGGCUAGGCUUACUUCCUGAAAGCAGAUAGGCCCAUUUGUCCUGAUAUGAUUUCAAGAAGGAUUUGAUCAGCUUACAAGUCACCUCUGAACUUGAUGAUGUAGCACAUUUGACUCAUCAGCUGUCCAAUCAGGCCAAAGGCAGCCCUCAUCCAAGGGCUAGCUGGCCAAUCAGGAUGUACCAAGACGAGCUCAGACAUGACAACGGUUUCUGGAAAACAAGAGGAACUUGCAUCAGCUAUUGAUUGAUACUAAAGGAGGAGCAUGAAUAGUGAUGUGCUUGUCUGCAGUCUCUGUCUUUCAGACUACUCUGCUAUGGUGGGGGGACUGGUCAUGUUCUCUGUGAAAGCAUACCACAGUACAGCCACGUUGUGUUAUCACACUUAUUACUAAGAAAAGCAGCACUAGUUUAAUUAUCUCAAAGCUCUCUUCAGUCCUUGACUGGGGUGCAGUGUAGCUACUGAGUGUGUCAACUAGCAGUGUCAUUAACACUGCAUAAAUAGCUAUAAUUACUAUUUGCAGUAAUUGUUACUACUUCACACUCAACUCCUGGAACAUCUUCAAUUUUGAGUAUGCCAAUUCAGUUUCCUGUAUCUAAAAAUAGUAGCUUCUGGAAGUGAGCUGACUGUCAGACACUGCUCUUGUUGUGGUUUAUGUCUGGUAUUUGACAGGCCACCUAGGUGGGAUGGGCGCUGAUGUCCAGUCUGAACAGUGCUGCUCUGCUCUUUACACACACACACAGCAUUCUGCUGACAGGCUGCCUAGCUGCCGUGUCUCUCCAGGCCUUUGCCUCAGGGUCAGCUUUGGGGAAAACAAACCCCUGCCAUCGCCAGUUUCUCCCCAACCAACUCCUCUGUUAUAAUGUGCUGCCAGACAGUCAUUCUGCAUGUUCUGACCCUGGUUGGUUUGUUUUGCAGCAUUAACCUCAUUGUGGUGAGGCAGGGACUCUGUAGAGUUUGAGUAAAUGUGAAAAAGCUCAGACACACCGGUAGGAUUGUCAAACGUUUGCCUGCUGACAGUACUUAGCACCUCUGAACAGUGUCAGCAGUCAAUCCAUUUUUUGUGUUCACACAGCAAAGACCUUGGUAGUGGUCAGCAGCUCAGCCUUGUUAAAAUACUCCAAACCAGAAGGUUGCAGUAGCGUUGUUUGGCAAUGCCUAUCCGUGCGUAUUGUUUAUGGUCUAGAUUCCAAGCUAUCUGCGCUAAUGUUGCUAUUUUGUAGAAAUCCCUUGUUGAUACUAGCCACAUGGUCACAGCUAGAUAACGACCUAGGAAGAUGAAGACGAAACAAUUUCAUUCACUCUCCAUAGUCUCAUACUGCCAGUGCCAGCCCAUAGCCAAAUGUUUAUCUAGCUAGCAAACGUUAGCAUAUUCGCUAGCAAGCACAACAGUGCAGUGUCCUUAGCUAGCUAACACGGGCAGCCGUUUAAUGGAAACUUGCUAAUCCAUUGUGAUUUAAUUAUGUCAAUACUAGCAGCAGUGGUUAGCUAGCUUUGAGGAAGUAGAUAGUGUUUUGUGCAUUGCGUCUGUACGCUUAGCUAGCUACCAUCCUAUAGCCUACAUUGCAUAUGAAGUGUGACUGGCUCAUCUGUAGAUGGAGAAAAUGCCCCCCUCCCCCUUUUUUUUUUGUUGGCUCCCCCACGUGGAGUUUUGUGCUCUUUGAUUGGCUCAAAGUCAAGUUGUUGGCCACUGACGAGCAUUGCGAUUCUACAAGUAGAAUCGGUAGGUUCGUCGCUAUCGGGUCGGCACGCAGCAGGUACCGCUUUGGUUCUAGCAAGAGAAGGAACGGUGUCAUAAGUACCAAUCGGCAGUCUAUCGGCAGUGAGAUUCUGUGUGUUUCAUGCUUUAGAAGUAGCUCUUGCCUUCAUGUAGCCUAGUUGAAUGGUUUCAGAUGGAAUGGUGCAUUAGAGGUCCUCGCAGUGGGAUGUACCCAGAUCCCUUUCACUUAUCUAUCUCUAUGGAUCAAUAUUGUGAUUUAGGGUUAUCCUAAAUAGAUCCUACAUUUGUGUAAGCUAGGGUUAUCCAGCACCCCAACCUCUGUCAUGCGAUGCUACUCUUUGCUCCCGCUCCAUGGCUCUUUUCUCUGGACUUUGACCUCUGCUGGGCCUGACGUGGCUGGGGUGUUAUCAUUAGUCCAAACAGUUGAAAACGUUUUGCAACGAAAACUAGAGUUUCUAUUCAGGUAAGUGCCCUCCCCGUUUUAUUCCGUUUACUUCCGUUUGGUUCCUAGUGAAUACACCCCUGCUCUCUGGCCCUAUAGACCUUUAGUAUGGCUGCCCUUUACACAUUGCACCACUCUACAUGGACCUGCAUCAACAGGUAGUCUAAUGUGCUAUGUGUCUGCAUUGAAAAGAGAGGAGAGAGCAGUAGAGAUAUACCAUCUAACCGCAGUGCAAUGCUUUGUCUUGCGCUGUCAUGCAUUGCAAAGCACAUAGCUAACAGAAGUCUGAAGCCAUGGUUCCAUCAUAGACAUGGAAAUGCCAAUGGCCUGUACGUGUUUAUGUUAAGUUUGUUAAGUCUGGACCAAUGUUUGUGCAUGAGGUUAUCUUCACCCUCAGUAUGUUAGGCUAUUGUACGGUCAUAAACAGAGCCUGUUGGCCUGUUCUCUCUGCUCCACAGGGCUGCCUGGCUGCCUGCAACUGCUGCCUCUGCAAACAUUUGCUGUUUACUUUGCAGAAAUCCUCUCUGAGCAUCUCUCACUAGGCCUAUGAUCUCAUUGAUUCUCUGUCUCACACACACACACACACCUUAUCUCUGAUGGCCUCUUUUUAUGCAGGUCAGACAAAAAGAGGCCUCUUUGUGCUGCACACACCCCAUUUCUCAGCCCUUCUUCUGUCUUAAUGGGCUCAAUUCUGCCUGCAACUCUAGUCACUUUAUAAUGCAGUCAGUGGGAGUAGGAUACCAUGGCUUUCAUUUUACCACUGUUGGGCAUGUUUUAGGUUCUCUCCAACCCUACUUGUGUCUUCACACCCUUGAGCAUUGAGGCAUCUGCUUGCUUUCUUGCCCUCAUUCUGUUAAAUGUAUUUCCUAAUGUUGGUUGUUUGAGAUUCUAAUGAAGACGCCACACAUGUCUUGGCACCUCUGUGUGAGAGGGAGACUGCAUGCAGACCCGUGUGGUAUUAUAAUGUAAUUGAGAGAAGGAUUUUUUAUAUCAGUAAUGAUGAAUGGUUUGCCUCUGAGAUGAGCUCUUCACUACUCCGCUCAUACAAAGUCGGUGUUAAGAAAAUAACUCAACACAAAAGCAUAUGAUGCUCGAGUGUGUUCUGGCUACAUCUUUGUGUGCGUCUUUCUGGCUGUGUGAGACUGUGUAUGGUGAGUGUGAUGUGACUUGAUGUGGGCUAUGUGAAUCUAGGCCAUAUGUGGAGACUAGAGGAGGAGAUCAAACACACUUCAGCACACAGUGCCCUGACCUGGAGCUCGAGGACUUGCAGUCUUGCACUCACUAAACCCUAAUGUCUGCACCAUGUGACCAUUUUAAUUUCCCUAUCAAGAAUGCGUUGCCUUCAUUACAACGAAGGAUGUUUGUUCAUUCUGCCUUUUCAUUUGUUGAAUAUCUUUAUUGACAUUUAUCUUUGUCUCACAGAGAUUAUAUCAGAAGAUAUGAAAUGUAUUGUAGCCUACCACAAUUGCCUUAUUUUAUCUCAUCAGGAGCCUAUAUCUUUAAAGAGGAUAUAUGAGAAAUAGAAUUCAACUCCACUCUCUGAGUGUACAUUUGUGUCACUGUGGAGGGUGCUAAUGGAAGUCUGUGGUUAGGGAUUCAUUAUUCGCAGGCUAGCUGUGUGUGUGAUUUAUUCGCUGUGCUGGCUGGUGUACAGUAGGGUCCGAUGGCCGCGGGGGUGUGGCUCCAUUAUUCAUGUUUAGUGUCAGAGUGAAACAACUCCCACAGGGGACCAGUACGGUAAAGUAUGAAAAUGUAUGCACUCACUACUGUAAGUUGCUCUGGAUAACACUGCAGCAGGGAGCACCUCUCCUUUCAGCCCUAGUCAGCCCUGAAGCCUUUACCACAGCAGCACAGGACAGGCCUUAACCCCGCAACCUCUCUUCUCUAUGUCCAUCUCCCUAACUCUCCUCUGUUCUCUCCCCCUCCUCUGUCUUCCCUGUCACACUCUCCCCCUCUCCUCUCUGUCCUUCCUGUCACUCUCCCUCCUUCUCACUCUCCCCUGCCACAGAGUCUGUCAGUUGGAGAUGAAUGAUUUGCCUUUUUGUACCAGGACCCUGCUCUGCUGAACCCUCUCAUUGCUGUGUGUAAUGAGGCUCUUUGUCGCCUAUUACUCCUGCUUCUCCUGUAGACUGAGGGGGGAGCUGUGCAGUGCAAUGAGGCACAUUGAUGUAGGCAGGCAGGCAGACAGACUGCUUCUCUGCGUGUUUAAGACACUGCAGCAGUCUAUUUGGCUACUAGUGCCGGUACCUUGCUGUCAGGAUUGAGCAGUCACACUCAGCCUCCCAAAUCCCUGUUCAUGGCUCAAGCUCCUUCUGCCUCGAUUUGUCUAUGUUCAAUGAACUCCUUCGUCACCCACUCCCCCCCUGAGAGAAAAAUAAAAAUAAUGCAUUCACUAACUGUAAGUCGCUCUGGAUAAGAGCGUCUGCUAAAUGACCUAAAUGUAAAUUUCUGGCAGUUUUUGUGGGAUGGAGUUUUGGCCUGCCUGGUGACAUCACCAGGCGGUAAAGUAGUUAAUGGAUCAAUAAGAAAGCGUUCCAAACCUCUGCCAAUAACAGCUAGUUUUCUGUUUUCCCUCCCCUCUCAGAAUACUCCCAGACAGUCCUAGCAAAAUUCUUGCUUGAGAAAUUGCUCUUAGCUAAGUAGCUAUUUUAGUUUCUUUUUGACCAUUUUGUUUGAAAACGUAAUGUUAUCCAGAAAUGAUUUGAUAUUUAGAUCAAAAUGGCUGCAUUGGGCCUUUUUUAAUGGUAAUAUGGUGAAGGUCUAAUAGUGAGUAUUUGUAUGGACUUGGAAUACCUGGUACUGCUGGUUCUAGAUGAGAUCCAGGCUGAGGACUGAAGGGGUCAGGUCAGGACCUCAGGGGGAAGUUGAACACGAGCUCUCUCUCCUCUCACAUGUAGUCAGCCUGUUGUUGUUCAUCUGUCUGUCCCCCUGAAACGAAGAGUAGGAGAACAAGAUAAACAACAGAUGGGUCCAGCCGUUUCAGUGGGACUGUGAAGAACGGACCAUGUCUAAAAACGGAGAGAAGCAGCGCUAGAUAAAAGGUGGCGUGCAGCAGAUGGUAGAGCCAGGCUCUGUUUAAUGAGGUGGAGGGGAGCGCUACGGAGGGAUGCCCACAUACAGUGGGGAAACAAAGUAUUUAGUCAGCCACCAAUUGUGCAAGUUCUCCCACUUAAAAAGAUGAGAGAGGCCUGUAAUUUUCAUCAUAGGUACACGUCAACUAUGACAGACAAAUUGAGGGGAAAAAAUCCAGAAAAUCACAUUGUAGGAUUUUUAAUGAAUUUAUUUGCAAAUUAUGGUGGAAAAUAAGUAUUUGGUCACCUACAAACAAGCAAGAUUUCUGGCUCUCACAGACCUGUAACUUCUUCUUUAAGAGGCUCCUCUGUCCUCCACUCGUUACCUGUAUUAAUGGCACCUGUUUGAACUUGUUAUCAGUAUAAAAGACACCUGUCCACAACCUCAAACAGUCACACUCCAAACUCCACUAUGGCCAAGACCAAAGAGCUGUCAAAGGACACCAGAAACAAAAUUGUAGACCUGCACCAGGCUGGGAAGACUGAAUCUGCAAUAGGUAAGCAGCUUGGUUUGAAGAAAUCAACUGUGGGAGCAAUUAUUAGGAAAUGGAAGACAUACAAGACCACUGAUAUACUCCCUCGAUCUGGGGCUCCACGCAAGAUCUCACCCCGUGGGGUCAAAAUGAUCACAAGAACGGUGAGCAAAAAUCCCAGAACCACACGGGGGGACCUAGUGAAUGACCUGCAGAGAGCUGGGACCAAAGUAACAAAGCCUACCAUCAGUAACACACUACGCCGCCAGGGACUCAAAUCCUGCAGUGCCAGACGUGUCCCCCUGCUUAAGCCAGUACAUGUCCAGGCCCGUCUGAAGUUUGCUAGAGUGCAUUUGGAUUAUCCAGAAGAGGAUUGGGAGAAUGUCAUAUGGUCAGAUGAAACCAAAAUAGAACUUUUUGAUAAAAACUCAACUCGUCGUGUUUGGAGGACAAAGAAUGCUGAGUUGCAUCCAAAGAACACCAUACCUACUGUGAAGCAUGGGGGUGGAAACAUCAUGCUUUGGGGCUGUUUUUCUGCAAAGGGACCAGGACGACUGAUCCGUGUAAAGGAAAGAAUGAAUGGGGCCAUGUAUCAUGAGAUUUUGAGUGAAAACCUCCUUCCAUCAGCAAGGGCAUUGAAGAUGAAACGUGGCUGGGUCUUUCAGCAUGACAAUGAUCCCAAACACACCGCCCGGGCAACGAAGGAGUGGCUUCGUAAGAAGCAUUUCAAGGUCAUGGAGUGGCCUAGCCAGUCUCCAGAUCUCAACCCCAUAGAACAUCUUUGGAGGGAGUUGAAAGUCUGUGUUGCCCAGCGACAGCCCCAAAACAUCACUGCUCUAGAGGAGAUCUGCAUGGAGGAAUGGGCCAAAAUACCAGCAACAGUGUGUGAAAACCUUGUGAAGACUUACAGAAAACGUUUGACCUGUGUCAUUGCCAACAAAGGGUAUAUAACAAAGUAUUGAGAAACUUUUGUUAUUGACCAAAUACUUAUUUUCCACCAUAAUUUGCAAAUAAAUUCAUUAAAAAUCCUACAAUGUGAUUUUCUGGAUUUAUUUUUCUCAUUUUGUCUGUCAUAGUUGACGUGUACCUAUGAUGAAAAUUACAGGCCUCUCUCAUCUUUUUAAGUGGGAGAACUUGCACAAUUGGUGGCUGACUAAAUACUUUUUUCCCCCACUGUACCUCCCUCUCUCUUUCUCCCUCUAUUUUCUUUCUCUUUUCCUGUCUCUCCUAUUUUUUUUUUCCUCUCUUUUUUUCUGUCUUUUUCUUUCUCUCCCUAUAGCUGCUCCACAUGACUCUUGAACAGAGGAAUCCAGAUCUAGGCUGAUCACUUCACUCAGAUAUAAUAAUUCUGUUCUCAGAAUGCAAUGUUGCACUUGUUCCACUUUUUGUUUUGUGUAUUCCCCACAAUCAAAGGCUUGUGUAUUCUAUUUUUGUACUGAAACUAACCCAAUUGUAAGUAUAGUGUGUGCCUUAUGUAGACUUUGACAAACACAUUUACAUUUACGUCAUUUAGCAGACGCUCUUAUCCAGAGCGACUUGCAAACACCUAGCGUGAGGGAAGCUUGCCAGCACCGUGGUUUAAUAGGGACAGCAUUUAAUUGUUUUGCCAGAGAAAGUGCCAUGUGAGAUAUUCGGAGUCACCUGUGUCUGUCUGCUCUGUGCUAGGGGUGCUGACCUGGUCCCGUCGUGGAAGUAUCAUGUGACUCAUGAGCCCAUGUUGUGCCAUUUGUCUGUUAUUUCUGCUCUGCAGUGCUGCUGGGGCAUCGGGACACAGGGUUAGGGCAGACAGAUGAAAAGAACAGAAGGGCUUAUUAGACUCAGGGAUCCAGGCUGCUCUAUCUCAGGGCACAUCGUGUCUCACUGCGCUAGCACUAAUUGCAGCCCACUUCCUGGUUCCUGCUGCUAGGGACUGUAGGAGGGAGGCAGUAGACAACACCACGACAGCCAGGCCUGGGCCUUGUGUCUGACUGCAGCUCACUGGAGCAGGUUAGCCCCUGAUACUGUCUGUCAGGGCUCUGCUUUAGAACUGCCAACAAUCCUAACAGGGCACAAUGCCUCAAACUUCCACUGUGCACUCCGCUCUGCAAGGGAGGGUCCAUGUUCAGUUCUCCUCACUCAGUUAGGCUGUAGAAAGUAGAUGCUGUGAGGACACAAGUCACAACACUGGACUCACUGUCCUGGUCACAUAGGAUUGUUUACACUAUGCCUCUGUGCAGAGAGACUAAUGAUAUCUCACUUGUGUGCAUAGCACUUGUGAUUUCCAUACUCUAUGCAAUGACAUCAUGUUUCAUAGUUGACCUAUAUGUUCUAGGUUAUAUCUUUUGCAUGAAUCAUCACAUGUGGUUAUGAUUUUGGUGUGGUUAGGCUAAUUAAUAGUGUAAAGAAUUUUGCACAUUCAAAACUAAACUAUUGAGUCAUCUGUUGUGGACAGUUAUGCACUUGUUGUCUCGUCAACAUCAGACCACUCCACUGAGCUGUGAAUGUGUGAGCUGUUGCUUUGUAUUUGCAUAGUCAGUAGGUCACAUUUCCUCAUUUCACCCCGUCCCUUUCUUUGCUGCCAGAAAAUACCAACUCUGUGCUACAGGCCCAGCACACACCAACACACCUGCAACCUCUGAGCCUACCAUGAAACUCCUUCCAACAUAACAUCAACAUGUCACCAAAUUACUGUUUAAAACGCACUGUUUUGCAAUGAAGUUCUACAGUAGCCUCAACAGCAUCCGCUAUGGUAGCACCAUGGUGUAGCUGGAGGACAGCUAUUUUCCAUCCUCCUCUGGGUACAUUGACUAAAACAAAAAAAAUUGUAGGCUCAUGGUUCUCACUCCCUUCCAUAGACUUGCACAGUAAUUAUGAUGACUUCUGGAGGAAGUCGUCCGACCUAUCAGAGCUCUUGCAGUAUGAAUUAACAUCUUGUCCAUCCAAUCAAAGGAUCAGAGAAUUAAUCUAGUACUGAAAGCAUACGCUACAGCUAUCUAGCACUGCAGUGCAUAAAGUGUGGUGACUCAGAGAAAGAUGAUAGUUGAACAGUUUUGAACAAAUUCAUUUCUUCAAAUUAAGUAGAAGCGGCAGAGAGGGAGAGCUAGCUAUAUAUUUUUCUUAGUUUACCUUUUAAUUUACUUACUAAUGCAGUUUUAAUUUAAGCUACUUAACAACCUGACUCAGAGAGGAAUGCUAUUUAUGUUCGCUAGGUGGCUAAGGCUAUCCAACACUGCAACUUAUUUAUUGCCACCGGGGCCCGCCGGUGUAACUGCUAAACUGCUUGUUGUACACUGUACUGUCUGAUUGUACACUUGGAUUUGACUGUGGGAUUACUAACACGUAAGUUCUAGUUUGAUGACUAUAACGCUAAUAUGGUUACAACUAGGGCCGGGAUGAUACCAGUGUUUCGAUAUCAUUAGUAUAGUGGCAAGGAAACAAAGCACGAAGCGGAUUUAACUUCUUUAGGAAAACUUUGUUGUCAUCCAGAGUCACAUUUUAUUUAUUUUCCAAGCUAUAGAACACACUAUUUUACAUACAGCAGGUUAUUAAAGGACCAAAUAAUUUGGUCUGCUUAGUAUAUAACAGCUGCCCAGUGACACAAGCCUACCAGACGAGCUAAACCACUUCUAUGCUCGCUUCGAGGCAAGCAACACUGAAGCAUGCAUGAGAGCACCAGCUGUUCCGGAUGACUAUGUGAUCACGCUCUCCGUAGCCGAUGUGAGUAAGACUUUUAAGCAGGUCAACAUUCACAAGGCCGCAGGGCCAGACGGAUUACCAGGACGUGUACUCCGAGCAUGUGCUGACCAACUGGCAAGUGUCUUCACUAACAUUUUCAACAUGUCCCUGACUGAGUCUGUAAUACCAACAUGUUUCAAGCAGACCACCAUAGUCCCCGUGCCCAAGGACUCUAAGAUAACCUGCCUAAAUGACUACCGACCCGUAGCACUGACGUCUGUAGCCAUGAAGUGCUUUGAAAGGCUGGUCAUGGCUCACAUCAACAGCAUUAUCCCAGAAACCCUAGACCCACUCCAAUUUCCAUACCGCCCCAACAGAUCCACAGAUGAUGCAAUCUCUAUUGCACUCCACACUGCCCUUUCCCACCUGGACAAGAGGAACACCUACGUGAGAAUGCUAUUCAUUGACUACAGCUCAGCAUUCAACACCAUAGUGCCCUCUAAGCUCAUCACUAAGCUAAGGAUCCUGGGACUAAACACCUCCCUCUGCAACUGGAUCCUGGACUUCCUGACGGGCCGCCCCCAGGUGGUAAGGGUAGGUAACAACACAUCUGCCACACUGAUCCUCAACACGGGGGCCCCUCAGGGGUGCGUGCUCAGUCCCCUCCUGUACUCUCUGUUCACCCAUGACUGCAUGGCCAGGCACGACUCCAACACCAUCAUUAAGUUUGCCGACGACACAACAGUGGUAGGCCUGAUCACCGACAACGAUGAGACAGCCUAUAGGGAGGAGGUCAGAGAUCUGGCCGUGUGGUGCCAGGACAACAACCUCUCCCUCAACGUGACCAAGACAAAGGAGAUGAUUGUGGACUACAGGAAAAAAAAGAGGACUGAGCACGCCCCCAUUCUCAUCGACGGGGCUGUAGUGGAACAGGUUGAGAGCUUCAAGUUCCUUGGUGUCCACAUCACCAACGAACUAUCAUGGUCCAAACACACCAAGACAGUCGUGAAGAGGGCACGACAAAGCCUAUUCCCCCUCAGGAGACUAAAAAGAUUUGGCAUGGGUCCUCAGAUCCUCAAAAAAUUCUACAGCUGCACCAUCGAGAGCAUUCUGACUGGUUGCAUCACCGCCUGGUAUGGCAACUGCUUGGCCUCCGACCGCAAGGCACUACAGAGGGUAGUGCGUACGGCCCAGUACAUCACUGGGGCAAAGCUUCCUGCCAUCCAGGACCUCUAUACCAGGCGGUGUCAGAGAAAGGCCCUCAAAAUUGUCAAAGACUCCAGCCACCCUAGUCAUAGACUGUUCUCUCUGCUACCGCACGGCAAGCGGUACCGGAGUGCCAAGUCUAGGUCCAAAAGACUUCUCAACAGCUUCUACCCCCAAGCCAUAAGACUCCUGAACAGCUAAUCAUGGCUACCCGGACUAUUUGCACUGCCCCCCCACCCCAUCCUUUUUACGCUGCUGCUACUCUGUUAAGUAUUUAUGCAUAGUCACUUUAACUCUACCCACAUGUACAUAUUACCUCAACUACCUCAACUAGCCGGUGCCCCCGCACAUUGACUCUGCAACGGUACCCCCCUGUAUAUAUAGCCUCCCUACUGUCACUUUAUUUUACUUCUGCUCUUUUUUUUCUCAACACUUUUUUUUGUUGUUGUUUUAUUUUUUUACUUUUUUGUUUAAAAUAAAUGCACUGUUGGUUAAGGGCUGUAAGUAAGCAUUUCACUGUAAUGUCUGCACCUGUUGUAUUCGGCGCAUGUGACCAAUAACAUUUGAUUUGAUUUAUUUUUAUUUUUGCCAUGAAAGAAAUGUUGCGUCCCGGCCUAAAUUACAACGAUGUAGGCUGUGUAGCGGUUUGUGGUUAUGCUAUGAAGGUUUGGCUUGGAAAAGUAUUUGCACCUGGUCACAAACAGCUGUUGUGUUGUGCACUGAAGUCUACAAGCCAAGGUGAAAGGAGGAAUUAUACAGUACAAUGCGCAUAGUGAUGAUGCUGUAUGUGGCUGCUAUGAAAUGAACUGUGUGUGAUGGUAAUGGGGUGUAUUCAUUCUGCCAAUUUAGUUGCAAAACGUUUCUUAAAUUGAAGCAAACUGAAUGAAACUGGGAGGGACCUACCUGAAUUUGUCCAAUAAACUAGUUUUAGUUGCAGCAACUGUUUUGACUAAUGAUUACACACCAGAUCAGCUAGAUUCAGGCAAGUGUGUGCAAGGCGGUAUUGAACGUGUCACUGUCUCACCUUGAUUACUCCAAUUUUGUCUCUUGACCUGUGCACCUACGUUAUAAACUUUAAUUUGUAGGCUACGUUGUAGCAACCUCAUGAUGGAUAUAGGGCAAAUUAGUCUCAUUUUAGGAGCCUAAACCUAUCGAUGUUACAAUGAUAUGGAAUAUGAAUGACAGUCAGCCAAUAUGCUUUAAUAAAAAUAAGGCCAUGCUCAGUUAAAAAAAAAUCAUCCUCCCUAAUCUUGAACAGCACUGACCACCACUGCCAGACACUUGGGUCAUGUGAGGUAGUUGAGUUCUGAAAUGUGAACUCACCUCUGUGCACCAUCCAUGUCUAACUGGAGCAACCUGUCAUGCAUAGGCUGUGGAGAAACAUUAGCUUACUACUCAGAAUAGAGUUUUCAGAAUGUGGCACCUACGCAACGCUCUUUGUCUCUCACUAGCAUAGUUGUAAUAUACUGUAGGCCUAAUCAUGAUUGUGUGUGUGGUUGUUUUUUGAAAGGAAGUGUGAAUUACUGUUCACUUCCUACCAGCUGCAGCCAUGGAGACUUCAGCCAGCACAGGAAAACAAUCAGUAGCACACUGACUGCACAAGCAAAAUGAUCUCACUGUACACCUGAAGAAGACUUCACAUGUAGCCGAAGCAAUGCUAUCCAUCUGGGGAGGAUCUUCUGGCAUAUAUAUAUAUAUAUAUAUAUACACACACACACACACACACACACACACACACACGGAGUACCUACUUGCUUGCUUAGUGGUUGUUGACCACACAUAAGCAUAACAUGGUAGAAAUAGUAGAUUUACUAUGGCUGUCAGUAGUGUUCAUUCAACACUAGAUGGCUAGAGAGAAGAGUACUAUGAGAGGUUUUGGAUUGAUGGUUUUCCUUUCAGAGAUUUGUUUUCUAAACACUGGAGAGUGGCGUAAAGUUUUUCUUCCAACUAGAUGGCUGAAAGUGGAGAUCUAUGCUUGUAAAAUGUAGUUUAUGGAUGGUCUGUAGUACGGUGUCUCUUUCUCAGCAAUAUUUCUUGGCUCUGUGACUGGAUUGAUGUAGACCUAGUGUGAAUGUAGUCUAAAUGGUGCACAUAAUGAGUCAUUGAACUCAGCGGAGAAAGGAGUGUCCCGCUAUAUGAAGAGGCAGUUAUCAUGGCUGCAUAGUGUGUGUUACAUCACUCAGUGGGUUUCCACGGUAGCGAUAUCAGCAGGGCGCCUGCGACAGCUGAAAAGAAUAGAGGGGAUGAGUGAGUGGGAAAGGAGAAGAUAACGCUCGGAGGUAUAGAGCAUCACUCACAUGGCUGCGUCUGUGUGUGUGUGUAGGCAGCUCAGUGAACUUGACUUGCUGAAUGGGCGCUAAGCAUCUCUGUCUUUGACCUCAGGACGUCAGCACUGCUGCUGGAAUUGAGCUCAUUUCUCAGACAUAAUCCGCCGCCUUACCUUGGUUCAGAAACCUUGCCUGGAUUUCCUCACCAGCUCUGUGUUGAAUCAUCUCCUUUCACCAGCACUAUAGGAGCCAUGGAUGAUGGAAUAUGGCUGUUUCACACACACAUGCUGACUGACACUGAAGUGAGGAGGAUAUUCAGUCCCUCUUGGAGGACAAUGGAAAUAGGCUAGAUUAAAGAAAUGCAUCUUUAUUAUUAAAACCAACAGGUUUUGGCGUGAUGCUUUCCCUUUGCACUGACUGACACUAAGAAUGGCAAAUAGAAAAAUGGGUGCCCUCUGGGUAUACCAGAGCUGCUAUAUUUGGCUAUGUCAGUUUGCAUACAGAUCUGCAACAGUCUGCAAUUAGCCAGCUUCCUGUUUUAACACAGGAUAUAGGCCUAGCAGUGCUAUGGGUCUGUUGUGCUGUGAGGCCAUUGAUACACUAGUGGCUGUAUGGAUGAGACCAGCCAGCCCACCUAGGCCUUCUGGACAGUGGACAUGCAUAAUUGAAUGGCUCUAGAAUUCUACAGUACAUUUAUGGAGUUCCAAAAGCACCAGGUUACAAUCAGUAUCUGGCUGGGUGGGGCUGCUGUCCACAUAACAUGGACAGGCUGGACACUACCACAGCCAAACGGCAGCACUGUAAAGAAUGUUGCCAGUGAAUAGAGUCCCUGGUCAGAGUGCCAGUGCCUCCCACUUCGCUACAGACAGAGCACCGAUUUACAAUAGUGAGAGACAUUUAUUAGAGCCUAAUGCCCCCCAUCCCCCCCCACCACCAAGCCGUCGGAAAAUACGAGUCAGCCAUUUCCACUUCUCAGUUCCCCCUCACUUCCUGUUCUCGGGCGGUCUGAAGUGAGAUGCAGGAGAGAGGCAGUAGAUGAGGUUGUGAGCGAGGCAGUGGGUUGACUGGUGAGAUACUGUACUGGCCCUCCUGUCGUGAUUUGACCUUGUCGUGUGCCUCCAGUCUUUUCUCCGGCCUCCUCGUUCUCAUCCUCAGGGACAGAGCACAGAGACACGCUUCAGGCCAGGCAUCUGCUGUGUUCUGCCUGCAUACUGUAGCCUAGGUCCAGCCAAUACAGAUCAUACUGCUCGCUACUGUAGCCUAGGUCCAGCCAAUACAGAUCAUACUGCUCGCUACUGUAGCCUAGGUCCAGCCAAUACAGAUCAUACUGCUCGCUACUGUAGCCUAGGUCCAGCCAAUACAGAUCAUACUGCUCGCUACUGUAGCCUAGGUCCAGCCAAUACAGAUCAUAUUGCUCGCUACUGUAGCCUAGGUCCAGCCAAUACAGAUCAUAUUGCUCUCUCAGAGCUGCCUGUAUACUGUAGGCUACAUGUAGGGUAGAAACACUGUAGGGUAGGCUACCUCCAGCCAAUACAGAUCAUUCCGCUCUCACAGCACAGAGCCCUGCCUGCCACAGAUGAGCUGAGAUAGUGGUGGGUUUAGCUUUAGAGAGCAGAGCAGCAGACAACAGGCAGAGGGAGGCAUCUGUUCCUUUGGGCGGAUCAACUCUCCUGCAUUCGCCUCGCUCUGAAGGUCAUAGUGGACAGAGGAGUAAUUAUUAGCUCUUAGAAAUGCUUAUUAGCAUAAAGGAGUCUUUUUUUCUGGGGGCUAUAUUUGACUCAUUCUGGUACGUAGGCUAUUAUUGCAGUUUAUAAGAGCACAUUAAGCUUCUUUCUUCAUCUUCAGCUUGCUCCAGUGUUCAUGCGCCUUGGUUGAAAAGCAAGGUAGUGUCAGUAGGCUAUUAUUUUCCCUCUGCACAUAAAUCUUCUUCACAGCGACUGAGUUGACAGAAAGGAAACUGCAGAUUUGAAUUCUGUUUAACAGAAACUAACCAGAGUAACAUUUGAAUCUGGUUCUCUUUUGCUUACUCACCAGACCACAUGAUGUGGUUCUCUACCAGGCCUAUUUUGGCUGAGCCUAGAUCCUGUCCCAGUGUGAUGUUAGUCUGUCAGCGGUAACCACAAUACAUGGUGAUUGACUGUCUGUCUUCUCUUCUGUUGUCCUACAGCUCUGAUGGUACCAGCUGACCAGUGACACCUGCCUGAGGACACCUCACCUGCUUCCCCCCUCCCCCACCCCCUUUACCAUGUCUGGGAUCCAGGUGAGAGGAGAACACACCUACACACGCACACUAGUAGUGCGCAGGUCAGCUGUUUGUUCAUCCCUGCUUGCGAUUGCUAAUAACCCAUCCGCAACUAUAUGUGAAAAUCUGAGGCCCAUGACUGACCCUAACCCUCUAAUAUAGAAAAUGCACUUUAGGCUACAGUCAGACAGAGCGGAACCAUUUGUUGGUAGGGGGUGCAGGAUUAUUUUGGUAGGCUAUUAGUCAACUAGUCUAUAAUUACAUACCUGCAGCUUCUCUUCUGUCAUUAUAUGUUGCCUUAGAACAGUGGUUCUCAACUGGUGUGGCAUCUGGACCCAAAUUGAACCAGGUUGUCUCAGUCGUGACCCAAUAUUGGCAUCGCAAAAAAUAAUCGGCAAAAUACAAUCAGGAAAAAUAUUUGUAAUGCUAUAUUGAUAGUAAAUGUAGCAAUUAUUUGAGAAGGGAACAACAUUCCCACCUCUUUCAUUGUCAAUAAUAAAAUGUUGCGCAUAUUCUUGAUGAAGAAUGUUAAUAAACUCACUGGUUUGAGACCACAAAAUCAACCAAAAUAGUGCUGCUAAUAGCGCUGUAUUGAAAAUGAUGUGAUUGAAGAAAAACAAAUCUGAUAUUAAAUUAUAAAAAAAUAAGUUCAUUAUAAUUUCUACACACUUUCUACCUGGUCGUUUACGUUUGUUUAGACUGGACUAUUUUUUUAAUAAAUGUUUUAAUUAAUUUAUUAGAUUUUUUUUUUUGGGGGGGGGGGGGGACGACACCUACAACCCACUCAUAACCACCCAUCAGUUGAGAAUCGCUGCCCUAGAAUACUAAAUAUAUCCUUGCUCACCAAAAUGUAAUAAAUCGAUAGAAUUAAUGCUGCAAUCUAGUUGACAUCGGUUAAAGUGCUCUGUCAUCUCUGCUUCUUUCGCGGAGCAAAGAUGUUUAGGGACCGGCCGAAAAAAUUCAAUAACUCUAAAGAAACUGGGAAGAUUUUCUGUGCAAAGUUUCCAAAUGACAUCAGUUUGACUGGUUGUAAGAAAAUAGAAAGCUAUUAAAACGACCCAACAUGUUUCUGAUAAGAUUUCAGUUCUGCUUGGAUGCAUAUUUUAUGUGGUUGAAAUACUAUCAGGUUUUAUGAUGCCAAUAAAGAUAGAUACCGCAUGUAGAGGUGUUAACACUGCAUUUGCAUUCUCUCAAGAUGCUGAAAGAAAUACAGAAUAUUUGCCUACAUUUGGUGUAUCAUUUUACUACAAGAAAUGCUUAAUUCUGCAGGAGUUAAUAUUAAGGCUAUGAGAGAGGUUAUAGUGUCCAGAUUUCAGUUUCCAUUUAACCCAUCUGAACAAUAGGCUGCAGUUCCCUUGACGUGCCAUAGGCCUAUUUGAAGUCCCCGUCUUGUGACUGUCGAAUUUGUACAGAGCUUCACAAUCAUCACACAUAACACUGCAAUCAUCCUCUUACCACUUCACCAAAUCUUUCCAAAACAUGACUUUUCUGGCCUCCCUUCUCUUUAUUUUCAAAAGCAUUUUGUGAUUGGCGUGUAGGCUGUUUGCCGUACGUACAGUUGCGCCCUAAAGCCCAGGCUGACAUACUAAUGUCAGAUAGCCUAAAAUAAUGAAAGAAAAACCUCAAUGUAGCCUAUAGAUAUAAGUUGCACAAGAAUGAUAUACUUUUUUAAAGGUAUUGUUUUCUCUUUAUUCAACCCACCCGCCCUUCAUCCACACAAUAUUUCAUGACCCUAAACGCGCCUGCCCCGCAGAUAUAACCGCUGGGACUGAAGGUUAUGAGUCAACCCGCGCAUCACCAACGCACGAAUACUACUUACACACACACACACACAUUGUAAUGUGCCCUGCCCCUUUCAGAAGUGUCAUAUUUCCCAACUGACUGACAUUAGUGCUUCUGCUUAUCAUCUGGCAACAGCUGCAUAGGAUGAUUACCACCCCCCUGCAUCCCCCGGCUUCACAUUUGCUUAUCAACCCAAAUUAUUUUAAUAUUUGGCACACAACAGUACAUAACUCUCACAUCGCUCCCUCUGUGACGCUCAUCUCUCUUUGACGCCUAUCGUGAAAUGAUUGAGGGAUGUGUCCAGAUAACGUUAUCAGACACACAGAGCUGUGCGUAGUGCAUUGCUUCAGGAAUACACCAGGUUAUAUGAGGAUAGUGGCUGUGUCCCACCCUAUUCCCUAUAUAGUGCACUACUUCUGGCUGCGUCCCACCCUAUUCCCUAUAUAGUGCACUACUUCUGGCUGUGUCCCACCCUAUUCCCUAUAUAGUGCACUACUUCUGGCUGCGUCCCACCCUAUUCCCUAUAUAGUGCACUACUUCUGGCUGCGUCCCACCCUAUUCCCUAUAUAGUGCACUACUUCUGGCUGCGUCCCACCCUAUUCCCUAUAUAGUGCACUACUUCUGGCUGCGUCCCACCCUAUUCCCUAUAUAGUGCACUACUUCUGGCUGCGUCCCACCCUAUUCCCUAUAUAGUGCACUACUUCUGGCUGCGUCCCACCCUAUUCCCUAUAUAGUGCACUACUUCUGGCUGCGUCCCACCCUAUUCCCUAUAUAGUGCACUACUACUGACCAGAGCCUCUAGGGAAUAGGGUGCCAUUUCGGACGCAGCCAGGCUGUCACACACCUGCUGCUUUGUAUUCUCAUUGCCUCUAACCGAUAACAUACAACCAUGACUCCUAUGAAGAUAUUGUUAAUUACAACACUGAUGCCACAACAUCACCGGUUAGACAUAGGAGCCUCACAGUUAAUGCCUAAGAAUAGGCCCACAAUUCUAUAUGGGCUAAACAGCAUAUAGGACAAACCAGUCAAGCUACCAUUGAAUUGUAGACCUUUAUAUGCUUGUGAUAAUGUGUUAUUGUAACCCUAGGGCAAUUGAAUUUCUCCCUGAGUGUCAAUUACGUAAAUGCAAGUCACUCGUCCAAGCUAUGACUAUCUGUAACCUUCAAUCUCAGUUAUAACAGCUCCUCUCCUCUUCACUCGUGACCUAGGUGCCAUGGUUGCCUGGCACAGAGUGUGUAGCCAAGUACAACUUCCAGUCGACGAAUGAACAGGACCUGCCUUUCUGUAAAGGAGAUGUGUUGACCAUCAUCGGAGUCACCAGGGUAAGCAAGGCUCACCUUUCUUUACUGAGGAAAUGGCAUUCCUAUGUCAAUGUAAAACCGUUAUGGUGCUGGACUUUUAUACAGCUGUGGUAUUAUACAGCUGUGUUAAAGGGUGUUUCUACUGCUGUUUCAGGAUCCCAACUGGUACAAAGCGAAGAACACAGUGGGCAGAGAGGGAACCAUCCCAGCUAACUACGUCCAGAAAAGGGAAGGGGUCAAGUCAGGGGGAAAACUCAGUCUUAUGCCGUAAGUACACAAGACAGUACCUUGCUGCUCUGUCACACAGGAUGUGCUUUUACCUGUGAGGAGUUCCCAUGUUUCACUGUAUAAUAAAGGUCUGAAUAUGGGGCUUAGUUAAUCAGAAAUGGAGUGUUACAAAGGCCUGAUAGGAGACGUUGGUAAUAUAUUUGUUGUCUUUUGCCUCCUCUGUCCCUUCGCUGCUCUCUGGGUGGCUGCCUGCCACUGUGGGUGGGGCUAACUGGCGCUGCGAUUUGAAUCGGGCUCUUUGAAGGGACAGUUAUUUCAAAAGAGGAAAAAAACAAAAGACAUAUGCAAAUGGAAUAAAACAGGAGGCCAGGAGGAAAUUGCAGAGUUAUCUCUCACACACACACACACACACACACAGGACAAGGCUGGGAGAUGAUGCCAGUCAGGUGGCUGAGGUUGCUGCACUCAAACGUGCUGGACCAAAACACACUGAUGGUGUGUGUCUCUCUCUCUCUCUCCCUAUCUCUGUCACACACACACACACACACACUGCAGACUCUCUCCCCCACCAUCCCCAUCUUCUGAGCUUAACCACCCAGCUGAGGAGAGGAAAGCUCAAGCUGUGUGGUGAAGGGCGACCAGUCAAGUGUUACAAGGAAGGACAAAGGCAAGGCUACUCCACUGGACAGGGAACUGGCUGGAGGGAGAGGGUCUGCUGUCCUUAUGAAGUAGAGGUCACCAGUGGAGGGACCGAGCAGAGCCCACUGUCCUCCUACUCUCCUUCAGCUGUAAGAGAGCAAACUCUCUGUAAAUACAGCCAAUGAUACAUCCCCUCAGAGAGGAGUGGUUAGUGGUGAGAGUCCGAGGGGGGGGGGGGGGGGGGUUGUUAUGAUGUUAUGAAUUGGUAACAGUGUCAGCUGUGUUCUUGGGUCUGUUGGUCUCCACACCCUGAGAGAUGCUGCUCUCUGACCUCACAGCUCACUGCUGUCACCUGCUGGUAGUCAUCUACUCCUGUUGGUAGGGAGAGGGGAUACAGUACCACCCUAAAGAAGACUGACAAAAGGCCUCCGUCUCCUGCUCACUGCAGUUUCUCCUACGUCCUUCCCCACUGUCCUUCCUUACUCCAUUUUCCCCUUACUUCUAGCAGCCUGUUUUCCCUUUCUCCCAUCGUAUGACUAAUGAUAAUGAGUAGCACAAACUGCAACAUAUAAAUGACACAUAUUACAUGCCCUGCUUCCUCAUUAAAUGGCCUGACUGGUUGCUCCUGUGUUUGACUGGUUGGUCAUAUGUUUGGCUGGUAGCUACUGUGUAGCUCCUGUGUGCUCCUCCUGUGUUUUGGCUGUUGGUUACUCAGUAUUUGGCUGACUUCUGGCUUACUGGCGCCUGCUCUCAGAUUAAUGGGAGUUAAGGAGGCUGCUGUCCAUGGAGAAGCAGCUCCGCUGAUCUAAUCAACUCAAUCCUCCCUCCGCAUUAAGCCGCUUUGCACAGCACAGGCCCUGCUCUGUCUGUCUGUCUUGGUGCUGGGCAACGGAGGGAGGGAGGGAAGUGUGUAAAUCUAUUACACACUUUGAUUACCCUUAACUCACCAGCCCCCAGAGACCCCUGUGGACCUCAGUCCUGCUGCUACUGUUUACAUACUGCUGGGGGAUUCUGUGUUAGGUUCUACUACAUGGGUGGAAUAGAUAAGAGAUACAUGAUCUUAAGGAGAAAGCCAAGCAAGGGGUGGGGUUUAUCCAGUAAAAGCCUAUAGAUGUUAUACAUGAGAGGUGAGGUAGGGGCCGUGUUUAAUAGCUUGAGCUAAAACAAAGAAGGGAACCACAUGUGUUUUCCCUAAGAGAGCUUUAUAAAGCCAGUGUUAGUCCAGUGUCCUGCAGCUUGCCUUGCGGUCAGCCGAGGGCAGGUUUCAUAGACUGUGUUCUGAGGUGAGGAGAGACGCUGUGCUGCUCUUUGUGUGGUCUCACCUCCCUGUGAAUGGAGAGGUCUGGCAGGCCCUGCCCUGCGUCUUGCCUGCCCUGAGCUGCUUUGCAUUUUCCUGUUAUUGCAGAGCCUGUGUCAGUUUCCGACUCUGCCUGCCCCUGUGUGUUUGUGUGUAGGUCGGCGUUUCCUGUUUAUGCCAAGGCACUUUCUCACUGGCUCCUUGAGACACAGACAGGCUCACUCCACUGCUCUAAGCACAACCGCCUAGAAAUACCACUGCCUUACAUUAUGCUGAACUACUGCUAUUGUCCCCUUUACCUUGUGUCUAUGGCUGACUGUUUAUAAACUAUUUUAAUACAGGGCUUUGUAUGGGUAUUACAUGGCCAACAUUGCAUGCUAGCAAUAAUAAUGAGUAGAUCUCCCCUCUAAUUAUUAGCUUGUCUUUUGACCCUUUAUGUAUUUUGAUGACAUUGGUAUGGUCAUUUCUGUAGUCCAUUAAGGCCCUAUCUCUGUCCUGUCCGUCCCCCUCUCUCCUCCUCCUGUCCCUCUUCAGAUGGUUCCAUGGUAAGAUAACGCGGGAGCAGGCAGAGCGCCUCCUCUACCCCCCAGAGACGGGUCUGUUCCUGGCGAGGGAGAGCACCAACUACCCUGGGGACUACACCCUGUGUGUCAGCUGUGAAGGCAAGGUGGAGCACUACCGCAUCAUCUAUCACAACGGCAAGCUCAGCAUCGACGAGGAGGAGUUCUUCGAGAACCUCAUGCAGCUGGUGGAGGUAAGGCUGUGUCAGCCAGUUAGUCCGAAACACUCCCUAUUUCUUAGUGUUUAGGCUACCCCCUCAGCUCACACACUGCCUAUCCUGUACGGUGGUAAGGUACUCGUCAAUGACGCUUAGUCACAUAGUUAGAGAAGGCAAAGGGGGUGGAGGGUGGGGGGGGAAUCAAUAUUAUUUUGGACAAUAUUAUAUUGAUACUUUGACUCCAAGUAUUGAUUUGUAAAAAUAAAUAAAAACGUAUAUUUUUUUGCUAGCUAGCACUAGUUGGCUAUACCUGGUAUUUUUCAUCCUAUAGCUUGUUCAGUCUUCUUUUUAAAUAGGCAGCCAACAUGUUUUCAGCACUUUUAUUUCCAUGACUGAUCAAAACUUUUCUCAUGCCCUCUUGUCUCUCUGCAGCAGACAUAUAGUGAGCAAUAUGUUUGGAACAUGAAAUCGCAACAAAAUUGCAGUAUCGAAUCGCAAUACAUAUCGGAUCGGCACCUAAGUAUCAUGAUAUCAUAUCGUGAGGUCCCUGGAAAUUCCCAGUCCUAGUGGAGGGAGACUGCUGCGUGGUCUAUUAGACAGCCUCUACCACAGCAGUAGGGCUGAGUCAGUGUUUUAAGAAAGGGAGGAAUUGGGCCAUGGUGGGAAAGGUCUCUCUUCCCCAGAGAUAAGAUGCUCCAUCAGGCUUCUAGCUAGAUUGUUUGCAAUCACACUUUUAAUUAACGCUCAUCUCCUUCCCAGCGGCGCUGCUGGGAUUUAGGCAGGAAUCUGCACACUGGCACCGAGGACCAUCUGUCUAACCAGCACACCCACAAUCCUCUGCUUAUUCCUUCUGCGCCCCCCCUCUCUCUCUCGCCCUCACCCCCCCUUUCUCGCCCACUCUCUCGCUCUUUCUCGCCCCCUCUCUAAUGGCGCCUGUGACUGGAUUUCUCACAUUCCUGUGUGAUUUCUAGCUCGUUCCUUUUCCCCUUGCUCUGACUGGCCUGUCACAACAGGCUCCACAUGGGAACACACACGCAUGCCCACGCACACACACAAGUUGCCCUUCCCUGUCAAUACACCCACAUCCAGUGGGAUUUGUGGUGUUAACCACACAAUAGCAAUCAAACACUGUUGCAUUUAAGGGAUUAGGCAUGCACAUGUUAAGUACUUGGGUUGUUGUUAUGGAUAGGGGUGCUAAUGUGUGGAGAUUCAAGUGUGUAUUCAGGCACAUUGAGUAUUUUUACAUUAUCCAAACAUCAGUUAUAUAACCUUGGUUUCAUGACCGCAAAUAUGAAGAAGUUUGUGUUAAUUUGAUAAUGGGUCUUUAAAGCUCAAAUAUGGUGUUGACAUGACUAUAUUUGAUCUAUGUUUAGUAGCUUGUAGAGGCAAUAGUUCCUGUACCGUGCUGCCCUCUGGUGGUUGUGAAUGCUACUCGCAUGUAAAACAGACCGUGGCAGUCAGAUUACAGUCAAUGACUGGGUGCUUCUCCAUUGUUUAACAAACUAAUCAUACAUCAAAAAGAUGGGCAGUGUGUUUGUGACUGGUUAACCUGAUCACAUGAAGAUCAGUUGGUGUCGACAGGAUUAUGUGAGUGUGUAUCUAAAGUGAAGGUGCAGUUAGUGACCUCUCUCACCACCAAACACACAAUUCCCAUGCUUCUCCUGUUAAUUAGCAGAGUCCCCUCUAACCCUCCAAUCCCAGCAUCCUUUUCACCCCAGACUGCUGAGACCCUUCUUGACUCCCGCUCUUUGUUGUCUAUCUUUGACAUACGGUUGACAUGCAGUUCUACCACCUCAUUGUGACUAUGCAGCUACUAUUGAUAUACACACUACCCAACUCACCAGGUACUGUCUCUCUCCUCUCUCCAUUCAGCACUACACCAAAGACGCCGACGGCCUCUGUACCAGACUCAUCAAGCCAAAGCUGAUGGAGGGAACGGUGGCCGCCCAGGAUGAAUUCUCCAGGAGUAAGAACACUUUACUAACCUUGUGUUUCCCAUUCUCUUGAGUCACUCUUGGUCUGUAAGAAUACACACAGUGACUCAGUCUUGUAUCUUCUGUAGUACAGUAAACCUGGGCUUAAUGACUUGAAUCAGCGGUAAGUCUUUAACCUUGUGCUCUGUGCUGAAGUGCUUUGCUCUGUCUGGGGAAGGAUGCUGUUUCAUUAGUACUGCUGGAACCAGUCUGACUUUCUUUCCAUCUCUCUUUCUCUCUCUCCUCCUCUCUCUGCCGCUGCUCCACAGGCGGCUGGGCCUUGAACAGAAAGGAACUCAAGCUCAUCCAGACCAUUGGCAAAGGGGAGUUUGGAGGUAAAGACCCUAACUGAGACCAGUACUUAUAAAGAGAAGUGUCUCUGUCCAUCCCCAUGUGAGGCGUGUGUGUCGUUGUCCAGUGUUACAUCUAUGUAUCUGUCCUGUUCAGAUGUGAUGGUGGGGGACUACAGAGGGACCAAGGUGGCAGUGAAGUGCAUCAAACACGAUGCCACGGCCCAGGCGUUCAUCGCUGAGGCCUCCGUCAUGACGUAAGUCUCAACCAUUCUGUUUUGUGGUCUUACGCACUUUCUUUAAUACCUUAUGACUGUGUUUCUGUGUCUGUACACCUUAGUGUGGCUGUGUCACUAAAAACCCUCUCUCUACCCUGCAGGCAACUGAGGCACAACAACCUGGUUCAGCUGCUGGGGGUGAUCGUGGAGGAGAGGGGCAGUCUCUACAUCGUCACAGAGUACAUGGCCAAGGUACUUCAGUCUACUGUAUUGCUGGAUCAGGGACUACUGUAUCCACUGUCUGGAGUCCACUGUCCCUUUAUGAUAGUGUCUGUUCCUACUUCCCAGCUUGACAGCCAUCCCCCUCUCCCCCUUCCCCCCCACCACAGGGCAGUCUAGUGGACUACCUCCGUUCUCGAGGACGGACUGUGCUGGGAGGAGACUGUUUGCUCAAAUUCUCACUGUAAGUCAUCCACAGGAAGUUUUGCAGUAUUGGAUGUCUUUAUUCAAUUAUAAUGUGAUUUCCCUGGAGAGGAAGCCAGAAUUCAAAGUAUUUUAAAUGGUUAUUGGUAUCACUUAUCUGCAAUGAAAUGAGUCAUUUGUCUUGGCUGAGUGAUCCCAUUGUUUCUCUUUUUGUCUCUCUCACAUCUCCAUUUGGUGACCCCUUCUCUCCUCGCUCUCCCCUGCCGUGCAGUGACGUGUGUGAAGCCAUGGAAUACCUGGAGGCCAAUAACUUUGUGCACAGAGACCUGGCGGCCCGGAACGUGCUGGUGUCUGACGACAACAUCGCCAAGGUCAGCGACUUUGGUCUGACCAAGGAGGCCUCGUCCACACAGGACACUGCCAAACUGCCCGUCAAAUGGACCUCCCCCGAAGCCCUGCGAGAGAAGGUGAGGGGGAAAAAGGGAGGAGAUUGGACGAAUGAGGGAGGGAGCGUAGAUUGGAGUAUGCUCAUAGUGUAUCCUAAGCUCUGUUUGUCUUUGUGUCUGUGGUGUCUUGUGUAGUUGACCUCAGUCUCUCCCUUUGCUCCCUCCCAGAGGUUCUCCACUAAGUCAGACGUGUGGAGUUAUGGUAUCCUGCUUUGGGAGAUCUACUCCUUUGGGCGUGUGCCUUACCCCAGAAUUGUAAGUAUGAUAUUGUAAGGUGACUCCAGCAGGGGGCAGCAGCCUUAUCUAUAUUGCCUUCUCCAAUGUGAGGCAAAAAUAGAGAUCUAGAUGUGUGAUGUAUUUCAUAUCAUUUGAUAGAUAUGAAAUUCGUGCACAUGCAGAUAAGUUGACACCACUGUUCAGACAGUGAAGGAUGUUAGAACAUACAGUGCCUUCGGAAAGUAUUCAGACCCCUUGACUUUUUCCACAUUUUGUUAGGUUACAGCCUUAUUCUAAAAUGGAUUAAAUACUUACUUUUGUUCAUCAGUCUACUCACAAUACCCCAUUAUGAUAAAGCAAAAUGUUUUGCUAAUUUAUUCAAAAUAAACAACUGAAAUAAAACAUUUACAUAAGUAUUCAUACCCUUUACCCAGUACUUUGUUGAAGCACCUUUGGCAGCGUUACAGCCUCGAGUUUUCUUGGGUAUGAUGCUACAAGCUUGGCACACCUGUAUUUGUGGAGUUUCUCCCAUUGUUCUCUGCAGAUCCUCUCAAGCUCUGUCAGGUUGGAUGGGGAGCGUUGCUGCACAGCUAUUUUCAGGUCUCUCCAGAGAUGUUUGAUCGGGUUCAAGUCCGGGCUCUGGCUGGGCCACUCAGAGACUUGUCCCGAAGCAACUCCUGCGUUGACUUGGCUGUGUGCUUAGGGUUGUUGUCCUUUUGGAAAGUGAACCUUCGCCCCAGUCUGAGGUCCUGAGCGCUCUGGAGCAGGUUUUCAUCAAGGAUCUCUCUGUACUUUGCUCCAUUCAUCUUUCCCUCGAUCCUGACUAGUCUCCUAGUCCCUGCCAUUGAAAAACAUCCCCACAGCAUGAUGCUGCCACCACCAUGCUUCACCGUAGGGAUGGUGACAGGUUUCCUCCAGAUGUGACGCUUGGCAUUCAGGCCAAAGAGUUACAUCUUGGUUUCAUUAGACCAGAGAAUCUUGUUUCUCAUGGUCUGAGAUUCUUUAGGUGCCUUUUGGUAAACUCCAAGCGGGCUGUCAUGUGCCUUUUACUGAGGAAUGGCUUCCGUGUGGCCACACUACCAUAAAGGCCUGAUUUGGUGGAAUACUGUAGAGAUGGUUGUCCUUCUGGAAGGUUCACCCAUCUCCACAGAGGAACUCUAGAGCUCUGUCAGAGUGACCAUCAGGUUCUUGGUCACCUCCCUGACCAAGGCCCUUCUCCCCCGAUUGCUCGUUUUGGCCGGGAGGCCAGCUCUAGGAAGAGUCUUGGUGGUUCCAAACUUCUUCCAUUUAAGAGUGAUGGAGGCCACUGUGUUCUUGGGGACCUUCAAUGCUGCAGAAAUGUUUUGGUACCCUUCCCCAGAUCUGUGUCUCUGGCUCUACGGACAAUUCCUUCGACCUCAUGGCUUGGUUUUUGCUCUGACGUGCACUGUCAACUGUGGGACCUUAUAUAGACUGGUGUGUGCCUUUCCAAAUCAUGUACAAUCAAUUGAAUGUACCACAGGUGGACUCCAAUCAAGUUGUAGAAACAUCUCAAGGAUGAUCAAUGGAAACAGGAUGCACCUGCGCUCAAUUUCGUGUCUCAUAGCAAAGGGUCUGAAUACUUAUGUAAAUAAGGUAUUUCUGUUUAUUUUUUCUGUUUGCAAACAUUUAUACCAACCUGUUUUUGCUUUGUCAUUAUGGGGUAUUGUGUGGAGAUUGCUGAGAUUUAAAAAAGAAAUCAAUUUUAGAAUAAGGCUGUAACAAAACAGUCAAGGGGUCUGAAUACUUUCCGAAGGCACUAUAAUAGUACAGUAUGUGGUUGAGUUGAUAACACCCUCCUCUCUGCUCCUCAGCCCCUGAAGGAGGUGGUGCCGCGGGUGGAGAAGGGUUACAAGAUGGAUGCACCCGAGGGCUGCCCGGUGGUGGUGUACGACGUCAUGAAGCAGUGCUGGACCCUGGACGUGGGGCUGCGGCCCUCCUUCCGCAUGCUGAGAGACAAGCUGUCGCAUAUCAGAGCCAAAGAGCUCUACCUGUGAGGGGCAGGGAGGGGAGACGCAGCAGCCUAGAGCGGAGGGAGGGAUAGCGGGAGCGGCCGGGCCGGGCUGGGGGAAACUAACUGGAGCAGGACUGGAACUCAUCUGCCUGCCUCACCUGUGGACCACACCCUACCUGAGACCUCACCUACACCUGUUUUCCUCUUGGACUGUAGUCAACCCUCCCCUGUGUUACCUUCCCCCUCUACUUUUCUGAAAGAAAGGAACAGAAGUCCUGUAUGUGUUGUAUAGCUUUCUACUGGCUGGUUCUCUUCCUCCUCUCUCCAGUCCAUCGGCCUCCCUCUAUCCCCCCCUCCUCCUCCUGUUCUCCCAGUCUCUCCACUGGCUUUGUCCUCUCCUUGGAAACUCUUUUCUGAUUUUCUUCCUCUCUAAAACAUGAUGAUAAUGGGGGAGGCUGGCCUUUUCCUCCACAAGUUUGUCAGAUGCUCUCAAUCUCUCCUUCCCUCUAUCUGUGCUCUGAUCAUUCCUGUAUCUCUGUUGGUUGGUAGUGUGGCGCUGCAUGCCCUCUGUCCCUCACCCCCCUGUGUGUGUCCGUGUGUGGGGCCUUGCUUGGGGCCUUCGCUUUGUGCCAAAGUGCCUCCAGUAUACAGAGCUCCAGACUCCCUCAGCCUCCAGAACCUACUUCUCCAGUCGGACUAAUCAGUUGUUUUUUUUAUUCAUUUUUUUAAAUAAAUAUUUUUGUUAUUUUUCUUUCUCCGGGGGGUUGUUGGUUCAUUUGCUUUGUGCUGUUGUCUCCCUCGGCUCCAGAACAGGUUCUUCUAUGUCCGUUAAAGAGAAGGUGAACAUUUGAGAGGACAAGAGGCUAGAACACACCCAGGACAUAGGAGCUUCCCAGCUGAGACUCUUUAUCUCCAACUCAACACAGGACUACAGAACAGGGGAGGGAGGGGCAGGUCUCAACAUGGUAGAUUCAUCAUAUGUGGGCUUGUUUUAUAUUAAAAUAUAUUUAAAGGAUUAAAAAAAGAACACAAAAAUGAAAAGAUGAGAAUCUAAAAAGGACAACUUAAAAGAAGGAAGAAGCCAAGAAAAGAAAGACUGAAGGAUAUAAGAAUGUUUUAGUGUCCGUGUGAAGUGAAGGCUGGGGUUGGGUAUGUGCAUGCCAUGCGAGAGGCCUUGGGUUUAACUGUCAGUGCUUUCAAUGUUCAUUGUUUUAUUAUGCUACCAUGAUUAUGAAUAAAUCAUUCCAUCUGACCAGUGUGGAAAGAACGUCAACAGUCAACACUAUGACAUCACAGGGAGAGGGGACUCCCCUCUGAAAUCACCUGGGUACCAUUCAAUCAUGUGCCUGAGUGAAUGUCCUGGAUGAUAGAGGAAACAGCAGGGCAGCGGGCCACUGGGGAUGCCCUGGGUGUUUUUUCCAUACGAAGUGAACCACUACUCAUUAUAAUGCUAUUACACACAGUAAAU